CUCCAGCUGCAGUGCACACGCUUCCAGCGCCUUCUCUGGAGCCUCGCCGUCGGCUGGGCUUUUUUCCCUUGCAGCAGUCUCCAGACCCGAGAGGCGGCCGGAGUCCUUGCGCUUCUCUUUGGGGCAACAUGCCCAACGACGACGCAUUCAGCAAGCCCUCGGCACCGUCGGAGGCCCCGCACGCCCCCGGGGCACCGCCGCAGGGCAAGGGCGGCUUCGGCAAAGGAGCCGGGGCGUUGCCGGGGACGGCGGGCGCCGGGGGCAGCGGCGGCGGCUCCGGCUCCGGGACGUCGGGCAUGGGCGCUGCGAGCAAGAAGUCCCCGCGGCUGCCCAAGUGCGCGCGAUGCAGGAACCACGGCUACGCGUCGCCGCUCAAGGGCCACAAGCGCUUCUGCAUGUGGCGGGACUGCCAGUGCAAGAAGUGCAACCUGAUCGCCGAGAGACAGCGCGUGAUGGCCGCGCAGGUGGCCCUGAGAAGGCAGCAGGCCCAGGAGGAGGAACUGGGGAUCAGCCACCCCAUCCCACUGCCCAGCACUGCCGAGCUGCUUGUCAAGAGAGAGAACAACAGCAGCAACCCAUGCCUGAUGAUUGAGAACAGCAGCUCCUCGCAGCCCCUGCCGGCCAGCACCACCAGCACUGCAGCUUCAGAGGGACGUAUGGUCAUCCAGGAUAUUCCUGCUGUCACCAGCAGAGGGCAUGUGGAGAACACACCUGAUCUGGUUUCGGACUCGACCUACUACAGCAGCUUCUACCAGCCGUCCCUGUUUCCUUACUACAACAAUCUGUACAACUACCCACAGUACUCCAUGGCCUUGGCUGCUGAUUCCACUUCUGGGGAUGUGGGAAGCCCCCUCGGGGGGUCCCCCGUGAAGAACAGCCUUCGGAGCCUCCCAGCGCCUUAUGUGCCUGGUCAGACAGGAAACCAGUGGCAGAUGAAAACCUCGGAGAACCGCCAUGCAGUGAGUUCCCAGUACAGGAUGCACUCUUAUUACCCGCCUCCCUCCUACCUGGGCCAGAGCGUGUCCCAGAUUUUCACGUUUGAGGAUGGCCCUUCUUACAUGGAAGCCAAAGCGAGUGUAUUCUCGCCGCCCAGCAGUCAAGAUUCGGGCUUGGUUUCCCUCUCCAGCAGCUCUCCUAUUAGUAACGAGAGCACAAAGGGAGUGCUUGAAUGUGAGUCGGCCUCGGAGCCCAGCAGCUUCACGGUCACCCCCGUCAUCGAGGAGGAUGAGUAA